UCAAGCUGUGAGGACGCAUUUCUUCUAGUGACAAAGUGAGAAUUGGGAUUACGCGGCAUGUUAGCGGGGAAUUUAGUGGCUGUCUAUUUACUGGCAAGUUUUUGCCUGGCACAAGCAUAUCCGGCCUUGCUUCCAUAUAUCUAUAAUCCUUCGAAGCGCAGUGACUCGGUAUUUCCAGAAAUCGAAGACGAUGUCGAUGAACUGGAUCAGUUGCGUGUGUCAAGCAAACGACAACCAGAUGGCAGCAGCACCACCACAACCACCACUAAUGAGAGUGUUGAGGAAGUACCUUCGGUUCCAAAUCCCAAUAUUUUACCCGAUUUAGAGCGACAGCUUGAAGUAGCCACACCAUUGAUAUCGACAACAACAACCACUAGCACAUCGGCCACAACUACAACAGGGACAUCCAAAGAGGAAGGCGAACGAUCCCAAUUGGAAGAACCAAAGACGGCCAAUAAGCCAACUGUAGUCGCGGAGCCGACAGUUCAUUCUAAGUGUAUAUCCACGAAACCACCCAAAAAUCAACAGGCAUUUUACGGCGCAGCUCGUCUAGCGUUUGGUCAGAAUCCCGAGGUGUUACCCACAUCAUCGACAACCUCUACUACGACUACAACGGUGGCAACAACCACAACAACGGCUACGACUUCGCCAGCUACCGAACAACCUCCCGAAAAAGAUGUUGUGGAUGUUGUGGCCGGUGAACCGGUAGCCGAGCUGGAAUCGGCCGUGGCAGAAACCGAACUCACCGCUCUGGCGCCCACUAAGCCGGCUGUGCAGCAUAAUCAUAAUCAUGAUCUCAAUCGGGAGACAAUCGGAGAUAUACUAAUUGACGAACUGGAUGCCAUGGCCAAGACUAAAACCAGCGAGCGAAGAUCCAGUCCGGCCCACCAAAUGACGGCCAAGACUGCUCAGAGUUUGCUGCGAAAUCCCAAUGGCCAGUACUCAUCGUUCGAUAUGGCCCAAUAUGUCUUUUGGACAGGCGAUGAAACUGGCGUGGCCAGAGCCGUUGAAGAACUGAUUAAAGAGAAUCUGAUCACCAGGGAGAAUGCUUUGAAAUUCUUACGCGACAUUCGGUUGGGUAUUGAGUUUCUUCAACGAUCCUACGAUAAUCGCAUCUUUCCCGAAGAACUGCGUCAAAAUCAUUUGAAGCGUAACAGUCCGCCCAGCACUGCAGCAACUACAACCACGUCCACAACAAGCACAACAACAACCAGUACAACAACUACAGAGAAACCGUUUCCAGAUGUCCACGAAUCGGAUAUUUCUCCAGAUGUUAAUGCAAUGCCUGUCCCAGUCUCAGUACCGGUUCCAGUGUCUCUUAAACAAUUGGAUAGCCUAAGCUUUUGGAAUAAACUCAAGCAGAUGGACAAUGAUGCCCAGCAAGAUCUAACAGAUUAUGACGAAGGCCGGGCUAAAAUUGUAGAGUACUUAUACAAUGAAUACUCUUUGGAGGAGAUCUUAUACAAAUUGGCAAAGGUAAUGUUCUCUCAGUCUCUGGCCCAUGGUUCUGAUGAGGCCCAAAUGGAAUUACAGAAAUUAACCGAAUUUCUAGAGCAUGAGGGUAAUCUUGGCGUCAUCCCAGUUGAUUUGCAAAAGAAAGUUUUGCGUGUCCUACUGACCGCCUUGUCGGACACAUUGUCCGAGCAUCCAGAGCUGUUGCCUGCAGCGCGUGUUAACUUGGCCAAUCCAUAUUACAGGCUUCCAAUGCAAACUCCAAGCCAAUAGAUUGGCAAAUUAUCAGAAAUCUAUAGAUACAUACAUAUAUAUCUACAACUAGUU